UUUGCUAUGAAAAGACCCUUUGGGAGUGUCCUUGCUUAGAACAACCGUCUUCCUGGACCCUGGGCAGCUUUUCGGGCCCUUGUGCUCCUUGAUAGCUGUCAUCGUCGGCUUUAUAGGCAACGAAAGGGGUUGGGACACAGCGCAUUAUUGACCUCAGGUUUGCCUACCUCUGGUAUCCGACAAGGCGAACAGGUGAUAUCACAAUAUGCUGUAGCAGGCCGUAUCACUGCCCCUGCCGUAUGUACCCCGUACAUAUGCAUGGUGUUUGACACAAACGGUUGAAUAACCCAAUAUUCUCAACUGGUCUAGACUGCCCCUAAAUGGAGUAUUCGAUCAUCGCUUUGGAAACUCUCGGGCCGGCUCUUUGGUCUGCUCCCUUCUAGUUACGAACCCCAGCGGGCUACUGCUAAUUAUACAUCGCUCCACUGUUCUGCCACAGAAAAGCUCUUUCGGGCCGUCGGAUGCGAACUCUCUGUAUGUAGGGUCCCCCCUUUGCUUGCGUUUAUUGAGACCUCCGUGCUGUCAUGAAGCGGAAACAUCACUGGAACCCAGAAUGCGAGAAGAGAAGACGGACCCAGGAAGAAAAGGGAUAGCGCUAUGUUAAUGCUCGCAGCAACCUCGGCCGCUUUGAAAUCAAGCGGUUAGCGGCGAUGGCACGGACCCCAGGCCAAUCAUUGCUAGACUGGACUCCCGCCGAGGUCCCAUUUCAGGCUGCUAGAAAAGUUCGACUGGUGCUGUCGCUGGGCUUGGCUGGCGUUGAGAGAGAAAAUGCGGUGGUUUAAAGAGUAGCCUAGUUCGAGUCAAUUCCUUCCUCACAUGUGACUCCUCGUAGUAGCGAUGUUCUAAGGGACUGCAUCAACCGCCGUUAAUAGGGUUUGGGAUCCGGAGAUUGGGAUGAGAUGGAUUCGUAGAACAGUUACCCGAAGGAGGAAUAUCGGGGUUAUUCAUAGUAACUGCUGUGGGACCUGCUUUGAGGAGAAUCUCCUGUCAUAUUUUCACAUCUUAUGUCUUUCCGCACAAAUGGUCGCCAUGUGGAUUUGGGGGGUGUUUAAUUGCAGGACGUAAGCAGUUCGAAGGGCUUGUCGAUUUUCCCUAUCUUCCUUUAUUGUGAAUGGCGUGCCUGUAUCAAUGGGUGGUUUUAGGGGGAGUUGCGAUCGUCGUGCGGUGCUGUACUCCGUACGGAUCAAUAUAUGGAGUCCUUAUGGGAACAGAGAAUGUAUCAUGAAACCGUCCAUUUAACCAGCCAAGGCUUAGUGUUCGCUAAGGAUAUCAACCAUGUGGAGGGACAAGAAAAACCGCCAUGAUUGAAGUUCCACAUUCAUACUUUAGUGGUUCGCGCUAGGACCUUGUGUUGUUUCGCCUUUUGCAAAUCCUUCCAUAAAUCACUCGCAUGUAUAUCGAUUAUUAUAAUAUAGCACUAUGAACCAAGCAUCGAACAGGGCUGCGCUGCAC